UUUUGGUUUAACUUAACCUCGGUGUAACCCUUAAACUCUGAGGAUUAAAAGGCACAUUUUUGUUAUCAUAACCAGGAAUCACAUUUGGACUGACGCAAGGUUUUUAACGCUAAUUUAGCGAUUUAAGUGGAUGCUAUAGAGAUGAUGAAAAAAAAGUGAAUGAUAAAGAGUAGCACGAUGGCACAGAGGAGCCCGUUGUUGCUGACAGCCACUGGACCAAAACCGUGGAAGGAUGAGUACAGGAGCCAUGGCACUGGAAGGCUUUUAUCAAGGGAAACACAGAUGAACUCACCUGUCAACUGCACGUGAGAGCACGCUGGAACACACUUUAAGUCCAUUGUAUUAUUGGGGAUCUAUAUAAGCAGUAAGCCAUGCCUACCGUGGUCUUAAUGGACGUGUCUCUGUCCAUGACACGGCCAGUGUCGCUGGAUGGAAGCGAGGAGUUUCAGAGGAAGAACCUGGCUGUCCAUGGACUGAACAUGUUGUUUGAACACAUGGCUUCAAACUACCGCUUGGAGUUCACAUCACUGAUGGCCUUUUCUUCCCUCUGGGAGCUCUUGGUGCCUUUCACCAGAGAUUACAAUGCAUUACAGGAGGCUCUGAGCAACCUGGAAGACUAUGACAAGACCUGUGUUGAAUCAGCUCUAAAUGGAGUUAGUAACGUGGUACAGCAGGAGUGGGGCAGUGCCUGUCCCUGUCAGGUGGUGCUGGUUACUGAUGGUUCGCUUGGUAUUGGAAAGGGCUCCUUACGUCACUCCCUCCAAACAAUGAAGCAUCGUGCAGAUGACAAGAAGUUCCCACUCCCUUUUCCUUUCCCUACCAAAAUGUUCAUCAUGUGUGUAGCCAAUGCAGAGGAGUUACAGAUGACUGAUGCCAUGGACAACUUGGAGGAGCUACUUCGUCUCAGUGGAGGUGAUGGACAGAUCUUCACUAUGGAGGGACAGCUUUGCAUGAAGAGUGUACAGGCCAUGUUUGGGAGGCUGAUUGAUCACGCAUACUCUCCCUUCCACGCUGUCCUGCACUGUGGGAACUUGUCCUCAGAUGUUCAGGUGUUCCCUCGGCCUGAACCUAUUGUGAUGGAUGAAGAGGUAGACCCCAUGCCUCGCUCCGUCAAUACAGAUUUGGAAAUUGUGGGCUUCAUUGAAAUUGCUGACAUUUCCAGUCCUCCAGUUAUUUCCAGACACUUGGUACUCCCUAUUAAUGUAAACAAAGAGGUGGAUGAAGUUGGCACAGGAGCCACAGAUGAGCUUGAAGAGGAACCUUCUGCCAGUCAAAUGGCAGGCAAAAGUCCAAAUUUUUGUGUUCUUUUACAUGGCAGCCUUAAAGUGGAGGGCAUGGUGGCACUGGUCCAGCUGGGGCCAGAAUGGUACGGCAUGCUGUACUCCCAAGCAGACAGCAAGAAGAAAUCAAACCUGAUGAUGUCUCUGUUUGAGCCUGGUCCAGAGCCUCUGCCUUGGCUGGGCAAGAUCACACAUUUGGGACCAAUAUCAGAGGCAGCUGAAAAUCCCUAUGGAGAGGAUGACAGUAAAAGUCCUUUCCCUCUGCAGCCCUCAGUCAAACGGAGCUACGCUCAGAAUGUCACUGUGUGGAUUAAAGCCAGUGGACUGCAGACUGAUGUGCAGAAGAUCCUGAGGAAUGCGAGGAAAUUGCCAGAUAAAACUCAAACUUUUUACAAGGAGCUGAACCGUCUUCGGAAGGCUGCCUUGGCUUUCGGUUUCUGGGAGCUCCUGAAGGGGGUGGCCGAUCUGCUGGAGAGAGAGUGCACCCUGCUGCCAGACUCAGCCCAUCCAGACGCAGCUUUCCAGCUGUCCCACGCCGCACAGCAACUCAAACUGGCCAGCACUGGUGACUCCCAGUAUGCUGCUUUUGAUCACAACAUUGCUCCCAUGCACACUGACUUCUCCAGCUGAGUCGUGUCUGAAUUAGUAAAAUUGGACUUAAGUACAGCAGCCUCAGCCUUUGUGGACCAAUGUUGAGACGACAUCUGUGUGUGUGUGUGCCGAAUGUUGUUUGAAGAACUCAUUAAAAGGGUGGUUAAGUGCCUAUAUGUGGAACCUAGGGAUGCACCGAUUGUGAAAUACUGGGCUGAUAUUUUUGGUUUUUGUUAUUUAUUAUGCCAGGGACAAAAAGACUUCUUCAUUAUAAAAAGUAAAUAAAUAACUGUUUUGGAAGACUGGUUUGUCCUAGUCCAACCACUAAUAACCAACACAACAUUUAGCCAGCACAAAAUGAAUGCAACUCAUUGGCCACUGCCAUUGGUGACUGUCAUUGUAUUUGCUUAUAGGACAACGGCUGUCAACAAGGCCAGUGUUUACCAAUACCGAUCAGUCAAUAUAUCAGUGCAUCCCUAGUGGAACCUUAAUGAGUCAGAUUGGUAACUUACUCCUUUGACACUGCCUAAACAUGGUAAUACAUAAUGAGGCGUUUGUAAAUGUUAGUUGUACAUAUUUUUUUUACAUGUUCCUGUGUACGACCUUUUUCAGAGAAUUGACACCAAUAAAAUGUAAUGUU